AUGACACCGACUAUUUACGGCAUGUUCGAACCUAACACUGGCAGCUGGCAGUAUGUUAUUGCUGAUACAGCUACCAUGAUGGCUGCUAUCGUUGAUCCAGUUCUAGACUAUGAUCCCGUCACUCAGACCUUGACCGACCGCGCCGCCAACUCUUUGGUCAUUUUUAUCAAAGAGCUUGGCUUAAGAGUCGACAAGAUCCUUGAAACCCACAUCCCCGAAGAUCAUGUAUCGGCAGCGCCCUAUCUUCAGCGUUGGUUUGCCUGCGAUCAAGGGUAUAUACCACCCAUUUAUUUGUCGCGCCGUGUGAAAGAACAUUUAAAUGCGGUCAAGCCUAAUGAGAAACCCUGUCGAGAGGAAUACCGCGGCUCCUGCCUGAAGUUUUUGACGGACGAAGAAACAUUCAAUAUUGGUGAGCUCGAAGUUGUGGCUGUUCCCCUUCAAGGACAUAGCCCUCAUCACCUUGGCUAUAAGAUUGGUGAUAAUGUCCUUUGUGGAGAUACCGUCCUCCACCCUGAUAUUGGCACUGCACGUGGUGACCUCCCUGGCGGCAAUGCCCACGAACUUUUCGAAUCAUUCUUCCGGGAGGGCGCGAGCCUGUAG